GAGUAUGCCGUCGUUCCCCGAAGAGAAACGAGUAAAUGUCAAACAACAGUAUAACAUUUCAGUCGUUGAGUGGUCGACGCGCGAAAUAUGCUAUUAACUGUUUUAUUGAAGUGUAUCCGGUUUAAUGAGACACACAUCAAUUGAUAUUAAUGCGGCAAUAAUUUUUUUCAAGUGUUUGACUCGUGCUGGUGCUAGAUUUGCAGUUUUACGGUGAUUCGAGUGUUACCACGUCGGGCAAAAAUAUGAUAACGUACAAGAAUUUUACCAACCAUGAGACCGCACAUGUCCCAUUUGAAUAAAAAAGUGUAGUGGCCUCGGGACGAUGGCAACAUUAAAUCCAGUACAGUGGGAGAAGCCUUUGUCGUUAGACCGACAAAGUCCAUCUCUUCACGUCCUGGAAGUCCCUCUUCCAAGUCUCCAAAACUCGUCGUUCCUCCAUUCACAAAAGCUGCGAGAGAACCUUACAGAAUCCCGUAAGGCCUUCCUCCGCAACCUCAAUGAAGAAGAAAAGGUAGAACCCAACAAUGAACCAAGAAAACCCCCCACGAAAAAAAUCAGUUUCAAAAUCAAAAAAACCGCUUCGAUCUACCGCCACAACCAAAAAAUGACAACAAUAAGUGCCAGCAAAGUCGCAGAACUCACGAUGAAAUUCAACAUGAUCAACGAAAAGAACUCGAUCUUGGAACAACCGAAAUUCCGGAAGCUCGUCAAACGUGUCAACAGCCAAAGAAGUUUAGAUAGUGAUAAAGUGACAAAGCACAGUGUUAAAAACGUUGUGACGCGAAAACCAAGCGUUAAAACGAAACCCUACGAAGACAAAGAGAUUGUUAUAGUGAGGCGAAAACCGACGAUCAAACGGAAACCCAGUCGUGCCAAUUUAGAAAAACCGGUGCUAGUGAACGAACAAAAUAGACCUACAACUCUCCCCCUUGAUGACACUCAAACCACCACUCAACCACCGUCCAAACCGUCACCCACGGGAACCGUCCGUGCUGCAAUCGAAAUCUUCGAACGUAGGAACUCAAGCCCAGUACCUAAUCUCGUGCCAAAACCUAAAGUGCCUGAAAAACCAACGAAACUAAAACCAGACAAGACUGACGAAGACCUAGUACAAAUCGUUAACAUUCCAGCGGUAUUACCGCACCGAAGAUGUGAUUCCAUGUACGAAACGCUCAACGUUGCGAAAACACCAGCUUUGAAACCGACCAAGUCGGAAGAAACUAUCGUUAAACCAAAACCAAACACUUCAUUCCUCUGGAGUAUUAAUCAAGACAAGUCGCCGUCGGCGUCCAAAGACGACUGGAAAGACCUCUAUGAUUUUGUCGACCCGGCUCCACAAAUUCCUCCAAGGUCUGCUCCGACAAAACCUCCAACUCCCCCGAAAAAAACAUACAUGAAACCUCCCCCUGAAGAGAAGAUCUACGAAGAGUUGAAUGUUAGCCGUGACGAGGAUACAAUCAGUCACAGUUACGAGUACUGCGAAGGGGAUGAUGGGUACGAGAUUUGUGUUUCACCGGAAGCUAAAGAAAACAUCUACGAAACGCUCCCGCCGCCACUUCUACCUAAAAGACAACAACAAGAACCGCUUCCGCCUAGACCACCCUCCAGGAGUAGCUAUUGUACGAUUCAGAACCCGGAAAAUGUCUCAAACUGCUACGAAUCGAUCUACAAUCCCGAAUCCAAAUCGAAUGAAAGUACUUAUGAGAGUAUUUAUGGGUGUCAGAUCCGCGAGGGUGGCUCUAAUCGAGACUCUCUAAUUUCAUCUGACCAGCAAAGUAAUAGUUUAUACGGGAGGGCUAGUUUAGUAGGAUGGGGUGAAGAUGGAAUAAAUCCCUACAGUGGUAAGGCCACAAGUGACUUAAGUACAAGUGAUCGGAGCGACGAUUGGGUCGAUGUGACCGAUAAUGAGGAUAACGACAACAACAAUGAAAUCAUCAUUAUUCGAGAGCGUCACAAGGCAAAAAAAACUACCGGUUGGGCCCAACAAUUUCGGGAGCAGUGGUCUAAAUCACCGCGAAAACUCCCAACUGAUCAGCGUACUGACAGUGACCCGGACCAUCUCUACGAGAGCCUUUGCACCAAUAACAAUCAAGACGAUGAUUACGAUUCCUUCGACAGUGAUAGUGACUCCGACGGUUCCUUCACCAAAGUCAAUUCACAUGACAGCGGUUUGGACAUCGGCAAUAGCCAACUUCCCGAAACUCCAAACAACCAAACCUACGUCCUGACACGACUAGCCGCAACAGCCGGUAAACACAUGCGCAAACUCCGGCGGAACUGGUCAUUGACCAAAAACGACAUCAGUAAAUCACUGAGUCGGAUGACCAAACGUAAAUCUCGAACAGACUUGGACAAACACAGGAAAUCUAGUCCUGAAAUUCUUCAACCUGAAGAACCACCCCCUUGUGAAUGUCCCCCUGAACCGGAAACUAAAACUCUCCCUCGGAAGAGCUUCCUGACAAAAUUCCGGAGAAGUAUGUCUUUGAGUGCCGAAUCCGCUAGUGAACUCACUUCAAAUUUGGAUAAGCCGAAAAGCACGUUUUACUUGACCGAGAUCGAUAUAGAUAAAAAUGAGUCUGAGAGGGAUAGUGGGGCGUCGUUAUCGCCGGUACAAAGGAAUUCCAAGGCUAUAAUACGGCCCCAAAGUCCACCCCCACCUGCACCAGUCAGAGCAAAAAAGAGAUCGACUUCGUGGUAUGCGGAAGUAGGGUUGUUUAAAAAUUCGGAAAGCAAUGCUACAAGAAGGAGUAAUACGUUUUGGUAUGCUGAAGUUGGACUCUACCAGACUGGGAGAAGUACUCCUAGUACCAGUUCGGCGGAAAACAGUGGCAAUACAACUAACGUCUCUAUUAAGCCUGACGAUUUUAUCAACCAGGACAACAGUGAGGAGUACUACAAUCUCAAAAACGGAUCGGAUUAUUACAAUGACAGUAUUAAUAGCUUUAGCAGUACUGAAACAAAGAAAGACCAGUCUUUGACGAGUCUGGCGACUGAUGCACAUUUGAGGCUAGAAGAUGAACCUUUGUAUCAAUUUUACGACGCUGCGGUUUUAGAGUCGGUUUGUCACGAUGGCGUCUCCGAUUUUGAUUCCGACGGCUAUGAGGAAGUCGGUGAUAGUAAUUCCGAAUCUACUCUUUCUUCAAGACCAUCCACAAUGGAACUAGUCUCACCCAACAAAAAUUUACUAACAGUUUCAAGAACUCUUUGGUGCGAAAUACCUGAAGUUAUACAGUCAUCAGUUUUAAGUACUCUAAGUACACAUCAGAAGAAGUUGCAAGAGGCUAAAUUUGAAAUGAUCACAUCUGAAGCUUCCUAUCUGAACUCCCUCAACGUUCUGUGUAACCAUUUUGUUAAAAGUUUCGAAAGCUUGGAAAUCUUAUCAAAAGAGGAACUCAACAUGUUAUUCGGAAAAGUUGAGGAUGUGAAGAGCUGUUCAGAAAAACUUUUUUCCGACUUGGAGAAAUGUUGGCAGGAAAAUAUUCUUCUCCACGGAGUAUGUGACAUUGUUCAAAAGCACGCCGAAGAAAAUUUCCACGUGUACGUCCCCUACUGUGAAAAUCAAAUUUUGUUAGAUGACACGUUAAGACGAAUCAAGGAACGUCCUAUUUUUCUCGAACAAUUAAAACAACUUGAAUCAAGUUCCACAUGUCAAUCACUUACACUGUACUCAUUUUUAAUGCUACCCAUGCAGAGGAUAACAAGAUGGCCACUUCUUGUGGAUGCCGUCUUAAAAAGACUUUCGCCUCAAGAUUCCGAAUAUUUAACGUGUCAAUACGCACUUGCAACACUUAAUAAAAUCGUCAUACAAUGCAACGAAGGAGCAAGACGUAAAGAACGCGAAAAUGAAAUGAAAAAAAUCGUAACACAAUUAGACUUUGCAAAGGGGGUUCCCCCGAUAGAAAUAGUGUCUGAAAAUCGGUGGCUCAUCCGAUCCGGUACUGUAACUCAUAUGCAACAAAGGACAGAUGAGAUUAAACUGACUUUUGGAAAGCGGUUUACAAAAGUUACACUACAUUUGUUUUUGUUCAACGAUUAUUUGUUUGUUACAAAACCGAAAAGCGAAAAUUUGUACACCGUGAUCCAUUACUGUGCCCGAAAUUUGGUCGAGUUAAGUAGUACCGAUAUGUUGGCCUCCUUACCAGUCAAAGACACGCAAGGUCGCCACUUAGUGUUUCUCACAAUGUUGGAAAAUCAGAAUGAAAAGACUGUUGAAUUUUUGUUGUCUUGUAACAGUGAAAGCGACAAAGAGCGAUGGAUCGAGGCACUAACUCCUCCAAAAUCUGAAGAUCCGAACGAGACUCUUUAUGAAUGUUGGGACUGUCCGCAAGUAACUGCCAUUCAUAAUUAUUCGGCUAGUCAACCCGACGAAUUGGCUUUAUCUAGAGGGGACGUUAUUAACGUUCUCCGCAAAAUGGCCGAUGGUUGGUAUCACGGAGAGAGAAUAAGAGAUGGCCAAACUGGCUGGUUUCCCGCGAAUUAUACUGUAGAAAUAGCAAAUCCUCAUGUCAGAUCACGUAAUUUAAAACAGAGAUAUCGGUUGUUGGCAUUUUCGGAAAAUUAUUUAAAAACUAAAUGAAUUUGUUAUUUUUUUUAUAUAAUUUAUGUUAUGGAUGUUUUAUAGACAAGAAAGGUAGUGAUAUCAAAUGUUUUUAUUAAAUUGUGUAUCUGAUAUUAAUAUGAACAAAUUGUAUAUAAAUAAAGGAAUACAAAAUAAAUUGAUUAAUCUAUUUUUAAUAAUAA